CAUGCACAAUGACUUCGCUGAUACGACGCUCACGAACAUUUCCUGCCGCAUCUCAUAAUCCAGACCAAACUCACUCGGAAAGUGGACACAUUUUUCCUCUUGCUCUACGAGACCUCACCAUUUCCUGAAAUUAUUUUCAGCCAAACAGGAAAUCAGUUCCAGAUCCACCUCUAGCCUACCAUGUCUGAACCAGGUUCUGGUUGUGGUGUUCCAGCCCAGAGAAGCUCACAGCAGGGUCCAGAGAUGCUGUCAGUGAAGCUGGCGGACUGCAAUCAAACAGUGGAACUCAAUGUGAUUGUAAAGGAGGAGGGCGAGGAGAGAGAAAUCUAUGAGGGGGAGGAGGAAGGGCGAGAGGAGGACAGGGACUCUGUUGACUCAGGAAAGAUCCCCAACCCAGACUCAGUCAAGGAGCCCAGUUCCACAGCAUCAAGACUGCCUGAUUGUGGGAGUUACCCCUGUCCUCAAUGUGGGAAGUGUUUCAGUCGAGCAGGAGACCUGAAGACUCAUCAGAGAUCCCACAGUGGAGAGAAGCCUACCUGUACUUUCAAUGUGAUUGUCAAAGAGGAGGACCGUGACUGUACUCUCAAUGUUAUUGUCAAAGAGGAGGAGGAUGAAAAGGAAAUCGAUGAGACGGUAAAGAGAGAAGUUAAGGAAGAGCAGGAACCUAGUGGUGUAGUUGACCCAGAUACAUCAAGACUAUCUGGUCAUGGUCGAUUCCCCUGUCAUCAGUGUGGGAAGAGUUUCCGUUCCUCAGGUAAUCUAAAGAAUCAUCAAAGAGUACACACUCGAGAGAAACCAUUUCCCUGUGCCACAUGUGGGAAGAGGUUCCGUGAAAAAUUCAACCUCACGGGACAUGAGAAGGUACAUAGUGGGGAGAAGCCUUACCACUGCACCCAGUGUGGGAAAAGCUUCAAUCGUUCUGGAAGUCUUAAGGAACAUCAAAGAGUACAUACAGGGGAGAAGCCUUAUCACUGCUCUCUUUGUCAGAAGAGUUUUAGUCAGCCAGGAAAUCUUAGGAAACAUCAGAGAAUACAUACAGGGGAGAAGCCUUACCGUUGCUUUCUAUGUGGAAAUAGUUUUGGUUUCGCUGGAAACCUAAAGAAUCAUCAGAGAGCACACUGUGGAGAGAAGCCUUACCACUGCUCUCAGUGUGGGGAGGGAUUCCCUCAACUAAAAAGUCUUAAAAGCCAUCAGAAAAUACAUUUUGGAGAGACACCUGCCUGUACUUUCAAUGUGAUUGUCAAAGAGGAGAAGGAAAUGAGAGAAGUUGAAGAAGAAGACAAUAGUGGUGUAGUUGAUCCAGAUACAUCAAGACUGCCUGAUCGUUACAUCUGUCCUCAAUGUGGAAAAGUUUCAGUACCUCAAGUAAUCUUAAGAAUCAUCAAAGAGUACACACUGGAGAGAAACCUUUUCUCUGCUCCCAAUGUGGGAGGAGUUUCAGUGAGAAAGUAAACCUCAAGAGACACGAAAGAGUGCAUAGUGGAGAGAAGCCUUACCACUGCGCCACGUGUGGGAAGAGCUUCAAUCAUUCAGGAAGCCUUACGAAUCAUCAGAGAAUUCAUACAGGGGAGAAACCUUUCUACUGCUCACUGUGCGGAAAUCAUUUCCGUUUUGCUGGAGACCUAAAGAAUCAUCAGAGAUCACACAGCGGAGAGAAGCCUUACCACUGCUCUCAGUGUGGCGAGGGAUUCACUCAGCUAAGAAGUUUAAAAAGUCAUGAGAGAAUAUCCAUUGGAGGGAAGCCUGCCUGUGCUUUCAAUGUGAUUGUCCAAGAAGAGAAAGAAGUUGAGGGAGAGGAGAGUGAUGUGAAAUAAACGUGAAGUGAGGAUACAUAAGCUAACUAUAGGUAUUGAUAUUCACACCUAUCCUAGAAAUUGUGUCUUUUGUGACAACAUGGACAGCACCGUUUAGGGCUAUAUUCAUCUUCUUUUACUUCUAUGAGUGUAUUGGAAGUUCACAAAUAGGCCUGUAUACUGUGG